AUGGCGCUCAACAAAAAUCACUCAGGGCGUGGCGGAGUGAUCGUCAAUACCAGUGAGAGCAUUCUAAGGUCCUAUGAUCAUGUGGAGCUUACAUUCAAUGAUAUGAAGAAUGUGCCAGAGGCCUUCAAAGGGACCAAGAAAGGCAUCGUCUACCUUACCUCAUACCUUACACCAUACCGGGUCAUCUUUCUGUCUAAGGGGAAGGGUGCCAUGCAGUCCUUCAUGAUGCCCUUUUAUCUGAUGAAGGUCUGUGAGAUCAUCCAGCCGGUUUUUGGCGCAGACUUCAUUAAGGGAACAGUGAAGGCUGAAGCAGGAGGUAGCUGGGAAGGCUCUGCUUCCUACAAGUUGACCUUCACAGCAGGGGCCGCCAUUGAGUUUGGGCAGCGGGUGCUCCAGGUGGCAUCGCAAGCCUCCAGAAGUGAAGCCCCUAAUGGAGCCUGUGGGUACCCUUACAUGCCCAGCGGGGCCUAUGUCUUUCCCUCACCAGUCGCCAAUGGAAUGUACCCCUGCCCUCCUGGCUACCCCUAUCCACCGCCCCCACCUGAGUUCUAUCCAGGACCUCCCAUGAUGGACGGGGCCAUGGGAUCUGUACAGCCACCACCACCACCCUAUCCUGGGCCCAGGGAGCCUCCAGUCAGGGGCCCCAGUGCCCCCUCCACUCCUGCAGCUGAGGCCAAGGCCACAGAACCAGCUGCCAGCGCCUAUUACAACCCAGGCAACCCACACAGUGUCUACAUGCCCACGAACUAGCCUCCUCUGCCAC